GCGACAGUAUUUCUGAUUAAGGGCCAGAAAGGCCUCUUCUGCAGGGGUCUGUGAGAUCUAGGCAUUUCACAAGGGAGAAGGAAAAAGAAGGGAACAGUCUCUGCUUGUCACUUGCCCAGCCAUGAUGGGCAGAGAGACGUAGGCACCACACUAAGGCCUGGGUCCCCUCUCGGCCAUGCCGGUGUAAAGCAGGCCUCGCAGACGCACGCUCGUGCAAAAGCUGUGUCCCCAGAGCAGAGGCAGGCCCUCUUGUUCCACAGCACGUCUUUCUGCCCCAGGCGGUCGGCCUCUGCAGGAAAAUUCAUGACUCAUAGGGAAUUCCUGGAACUUUUCUAUUUGGUUGAAAGUAUAAAUAAGAGGGUUCAAGCCUGGCUGGUCAAGUGCUGGAGCUGCGCUGAAGAGCAGCCAAGACGGCCCUGCCCCUGUCAGCACAAGGUCAGUGAUCACCGUGCUCAUGGCGCGUGCACCGUGCCAGGGAGCCAGCCAGGAGCCAGGGCCGUAAAAGCCCACCCCUGAGUGACCAGAGGAGCUGGCGAGCAGAGCAGCUACCGGGAGAGCUUGGAAAGGGAGUUCUCUAGGUGAAGGAGAAACGACUGUGCGGCCCUGGGGGGAACGGUUCCAAGAUGAGCACCGAUGUGCGACGCUACAUCCCUGCCGUUCUGGUGGGGCUGGCGGUGUCUUCGUCCAUCGUCCUCAUUCUCAGCCUGGUGAGGGUCCAAAAUGUUGCCUUGCCACCUACCACCAAGUACGGGAUGGUGUUUGACGCGGGCUCGUCCCACACCUCCCUGUUCCUCUACCAGUGGGCAUCGGACAAGGCGAACGACACUGGCGUGGUCAGCCAGACGUUAUCCUGUGAUGUCCAGGGACCUGGCAUCUCCAACUACGCCAGCAACCCUCCCAAAGCCGGCGAGUCCCUCGGGGCUACAGCAGGCAUGAGGCUGCUGAGCGUGGAAAACGAAUCAGCGGCCGACCAGGUCGUGAGCGAAGUCACUAAGACCCUCCGACAGUACCCUGUGAACUUCCAGGGGGCACGGAUCAUUACGGGGGAAGAGGAAGGAGCCUAUGGCUGGAUCACUAUCAACUAUCUGCUGAACUCCUUCACACAGUUUUCUCCCAAACACCGCGACUGGAUCCAUCCGCAAUCCGCCAAGAUCUUGGGGGCUCUGGACCUUGGAGGAGCAUCAACCCAAAUUAGCUACAUCCCUGUGGGGCCAAUUACUGCCCAGGCGAACGCCGCCACCUUCCGGCUGUAUGGCUACAACUACACUAUCUACACACACAGCUACCUGUGCUACGGGCAGAACCAGGCGCUGAAACGGCUGAGUCUGAAACUCACCGAGGUGAGUCAUGCGGGGGCCUUGGCUCCGGCAACGGGGCUCUGGUCUGGUCACUGCAAACAGGAGCCAAGGGCUCAGCGCUUGCAGCAGGCUCCACGGGAGGCGCAAGGGAGGGGAGCAGGGACGUGGGUCAAGGCAUCCCUGGAAGGCAAGGCCAGGAGCCGGGCCUUGGCCGCUGGGGGCCUUGUGAGGCAGGAGUGUGGGGAAAGCAGGCGGGGUUGGGCUGGCGUUGCCCUUCUGAGAGGUGCACGGAGAAGGAGGAGAGGCCAUCCCCAGACAUGGCUGCAGAGGCACCUGCGCGCUGUGUGGGCCCUGAGCUGUGGCCGGGCUGGGCCUCAGCCUCUACCAAGGUUCAGGAACCCUAGCAGUAUCCACCGU